CCAACCACCAUAGUAGAAAUUUGGGUACCGAAAUGUUAGAUCGUGGUGUGAAAGUUGUUUCCACGUUGUUUCCACCGUUUCCACAUUCCACAGCAAGGGAGUGGGCUAUCUUUACUUGUCUUUAUCUAUGUAUUUAUCUAUGGCCUUGAUCGUCUUUACCUAUGAAAUGACAUAUAAAUUGUUAUUUAACGGUGAAACUAACCUAAGUAAUAUUUAAGAAAAUAAUGUAGAAUUUGGAGAUCGGGUGAUACUAAAGCAGAAUGAACUUUGCUCAAGAUUUUAAAUAGAUAUUGAUAAAUAUAGGAGCGCAUUUACCAUAACAAUAAAUUCGCGAAUCGCUUAUUUUUGUACGGGCCAUAUUAUUGUGUUAUUCUGUGAUUAUUCUCUGUAAGCAUUGCAUGAAAAACAGCGCGUGUGAAUUUUUAAACACUUGUAAUCUUGUUUUUUUUUCUCUUAAGUAAUUAUUUCUUUAAAAUUGAAUGAAAUGAUUUCAUAUUUGGAACAAAAUCCAUGCCCCCAAUAAAGCGAUAUUUAAAUAAAAUGAAGACGGCAAGUGAAAGUUGCUAUUUACAAUUGGUUGGUGAUUUGAAUGAAUAAAAGAAAAUUGAAACCCUGUUGCGAAAAUUCCUUACGUUUGAAAAUAAAGAGCUUAGAAAAUGUCGAGCUUGAAAAGUGAAACUGGGAAGCAGGAAUUGCAAGUGUUACUAGUUUUAAAAAACUUGGGAUGUGGAGGAGUUGCUGGAAUGGUUUCUAAAACGACUGUAGCCCCUUUAGAUAGAGUGAAAAUUCUAUUGCAAGCACACAAUCUUCAUCACAAGAAUCAUGGGAUGUUUGGUGGCAUUAAACAUAUCAUAAUGAGGGAGGGACCUUUAGCGCUUUACAAAGGUAAUGGUGCUCAAAUGGUGCGAAUAUUCCCCUAUGCCGCUUCUCAGUUCACAGCCUUUGAGAUCUUCAAAAAGUACUUGGAUGGCAUUUUCGGCGAAAAAUCCCAUAUUGAUAAAUUUAUAGCAGGAGCGGCUGCAGGUGUAACAGCAGUAUUUUUGACUUACCCGUUAGAUACAAUAAGAGCAAGACUUGCUUUCCAGAUAAGUGGUGAACAUGUAUAUACAGGUAUAUUACACACCGCAACUUGCAUAUUUAAAGACGAAGGCGGAUUCCGAGCGCUUUAUCGAGGUUUCGCGCCUACUCUAAUGGGCAUGGUUCCCUAUGCAGGGCUGUCUUUUUAUUGCUUUGAGUAUCUGAAAUAUGGCUGUUUAAGAUACUUGCCAACGUGGACUUCACGACCUUGUCCAAAAAAUACUGGCGGGGUGGUUCUGACAGUUCCAGCAAAGCUUCUUUGUGGGGGAAUGGCCGGGGCAAUCGCUCAAAGCUUUAGUUAUCCAUUGGAUGUUACGAGAAGACGCAUGCAACUCGCAAUGAUGAAGCCAGAAACACAGCACUUAGGCCAUGGAAUGGUUAAAACAUUAAAGCACAUCUAUGCGGAUCAUGGGAUCAUGAAAGGCCUUUACAGGGGAAUGUCCAUAAACUAUAUGAGGGCCACUCCAAUGGUAGCCACUUCCUUUUCGACAUACGAAUUAUGUAAACAGUUUAUGGGCUUGGAUACUGGAUUGGCUGUGUGAUUAUACAGUUCACUUUUGAAAUCGAUUUUUUUCUUUAGCUAAACAAGAAUGACAAUGGGCAUGGUUGGGUCUAUUUAUUUUAUUUUUAAUUAAUUGGAUAACAUACAGUUUCAACUGUACAUGUACCUACAUACAUAUUGAUAUUUUGAAUAAGCUAAGUAAGUGAAACCGAAGGAAAAAUAAAAUUGUUGAUGUUGCUA